AAACUUUUAAAAAAAUUCUUCAAAAAACAACAAAAAGAAGUUGGAGAUACUUGGGAUUGUGGUGAUGAAAAACCAUUUCAUGAAAAUCGAUCGUCAUUGUCGACCAACAAAGAAGAAAAAUUUUUAAUCUCCUCUUUGUUAAUCAAAAGUAAAAACCAAUUUCAAAUUGAAGUUUUUAAAGCAAUAUAUGAAAAAGAGUAUAUUGUUUUUACAAGAUAUGAAGAUUUUGAAGAUUGCUUAACUAGAAAUAAUAUAGUUUCAAGCUCUUUAUGA